CGCCCGCCUCCGCCUCCCGCAACCCGGCGGUGUCGGUGUCGGCUUCGCCGGAGCAGCAGCUCCGUCCGGACUGUGGGGGUUGCCUGGGAAGCCUCGGGCGGGAGAGCAGAAGCACUACUUGCGCCCCGGAGGCAGAGCGGCGGAGCCUGGCGGCUCCCGGCGUCCCGUCGGGGCAGAGCCGCCGGUCUCCGACUGCUCCCCGGGGGCCGCGAUGCGCCGAAGGAACGGCAGCACGCCUCGCAGAGCUGGGCUGGGCGGCUAAAGUAAAGCUCUCCGCCCGGGAGGGGUGCGGAGAGGCCGAGCGGGGCAUGCCUCGCCGCCCGCAGGAGCAGCGCCAGCCGCGGAGGGCUCCACGGCAGGGGAGGGAGCGCCGAGGAUCGCCGGUUUUGCUGCGCGCCGCUCGUCCUCCCGACCAUGUUCAGAGCGCGCUGUAAGAAGAGGAGGAGGAAGCGGCGGCUUGAAGGGGCGGCCGGGCGGCUCUUGCCUCCCCGCCCGGCGUGGGGUAGCCGCGGCGCCGGCAGAAAGUUGACCUCGCUGAUGAAAAGUGAGAUAACAUGUAUGCUUGCUGCUCUACAGUGACUUUGGAGCAGGAUCUCAACAGGAAAAUGCAUAUCUGGAUGGUGCAAACCAUAGCUUUUGCUUUAACGUCUCUGGUCCUGGCGUGGGCAGAGAGCAUCGAGUAUUAUGGGGAGAUCUGUGACAACGGGUGUCCUUGCGAAGAGAAGGACGGCAUCUUGACAGUCAGCUGCGAGAACCGUGGGAUCAUCAGCCUCUUUGAGAUCAGCCCUCCCAAAUUCCCCGUUUACCAUCUCCUCUUGUCCGGGAAUUUGCUCAACAGGCUCUACCCGAACCAGUUCGUCAAUUACAGCGGGUCUACGAUUUUGCACCUGGGCAGCAACGACAUCCAGGACAUCGAAACAGGAGCCUUCCACGGGCUGAGGGGCUUGAAGAGGCUCCACCUGAACAACAACAAGCUGGAGAUAUUGCGGGAUGAUACUUUUGCAGGGCUGGAGAGCUUGGAAUAUCUCCAGGUCGACUACAAUUACAUCAGCGCAAUUGAACCCAACACUUUUAGCAAGCUGCACCUGCUGCAGGUGUUGAUCCUGAACGACAAUCUCCUCUCCUCGCUGCCCAACAACCUCUUUCGUUUUGUGCCCUUGACUCACCUCGAUUUAAGGGGCAACCGGCUAAAGCUGCUCCCCUAUUUGGGCCUUCUGCAGCACAUGGAUAAGGUGGUGGAGCUGCAGCUGGAAGAGAACCCCUGGAAUUGCUCCUGCGAACUUAUCGCCCUGAAGGAUUGGCUGGACAGCAUCUCCUAUUCGGCACUGGUGGGGGACGUGGUCUGCGAGACGCCUUUCCGUUUGCACGGGAGGGAUUUGGAUGAGGUCUCCAAGCAGGAGCUUUGCCCUAGGAGACUCAUCUCUGAUUACGAGAUGCCCCCGCAGACCCCACUGAGCACCACAGGGUAUUUCCACACCACUCCGGCCUCGGUGAACUCUGUGGCUACUUCUUCCUCAGCUGUUUACAAAUCACAUUUGAAGCCCCCCAAGGGGACACGCCAGCCCAACAAGUCCCGGGUGCGCCCCACCUCUCGCCUGCCAUCGAAGGACCUGGGAUACAGUAACUAUGGGCCCAGCAUCGCCUACCAGACCAAAUCUCCUGUGCCUUUGGAGUGUCCCACGGCUUGCACUUGCAACCUCCAGAUCUCCGAUUUGGGCCUCAAUGUCAACUGCCAGGAGAGGAAGAUUGAGAACAUCUCAGAGCUGCAACCCAAACCCUACAACCCCAAGAAGAUGUACUUGACUGAGAACUAUAUCAUGCAGGUGCACCGGUCAGAUUUCCUGGAUGCUACUGGAUUAGAUUUGCUUCACCUGGGCAACAAUCGCAUUUCGUCCAUUCAGGACCGGGCCUUUGGGGAUCUAACUAGCUUGCGGAGGCUUUACUUAAAUGGGAACCGAAUUGAGAGACUGACCUCAGAGCUUUUCUAUGGGCUUCAAAGUUUGCAGUACCUUUUCCUGCAGUAUAACGUGAUCCGUGAAAUUGAGGCAGGUACUUUUGAUCCUGUGCCCAAUCUACAGCUCCUGUUUCUCAACAACAACUUGCUGAGGUCUUUACCUGGGGGCAUUUUCUCUGGCUUGACUCUCUACAGGUUGAGCCUGAGGAGCAACCAUUUCUCCUACCUGCCUGUUAGUGGGGUGCUUGACCAGCUGAAAUCCUUGCUGCAGAUUGACCUCCAUGAAAACCCAUGGGAUUGUACAUGUGAUGUGGUAGGCAUGAAGCUGUGGCUCGAGCAACUCAACACAGGCGUCCUUGUGGACCAGGUAAUCUGUGAGUCCCCUAAGAAAUUUGCCCAGCAUGACAUGAGGAGCAUCAAAGCAGAGCUGCUGUGCCCGGACUACUCUGACAUAAUUGUUUCCACACCCACUCCAUCAUCCAUGCAGGGACCAGCCAGGACCACCCCCUUCUCCAACUCUGGGCAGUUCAAUAGCACCUCGGAGGAGGACGAUGCAGCAUUUCCUUCUGGUGGGUCUUCCUCCUCCACUUCUUCCACGGUGCCUUUGUCGGUGCUGAUCCUUAGCCUACUGCUGGUCUUCAUUAUGUCUGUGUUUGUGGCUGCGGGUCUCUUUGUGUUGGUCAUGAAGCGCAGGAAGAAGGUUCAGAGCGGUGACCAUGCCAGUGGCAACAAUUCAGAUGUGAGUUCCUUCAACAUGCAGUACAGCGUGUACACAGGAGGGGGAGCCCCCCACUCUCACGCCCAUGCCCAUCACCAGCAACAUCCGCAGCAUCUUCACCGUGGAGGAGGAGGUGGUGUUCCAGCUUUGCCCAAGGUGAAAACCCCUGCAGGACACGUCUAUGAAUACAUCCCUCACCCCUUAGGCCACAUGUGCAAGAACCCAAUCUAUCGUUCCAGGGAGGGCAACGCAGGCGAGGAUUACAAAGACCUCCAUGAGCUCAAGGUGACCUACAGCAACCAUCACCUCCAACCCCAACCUCUACCAUCCUCACAGGCUUUGGGGCAGCCUCCAGCAGCUCCAGGGGGCCAAGAGGAGCCCCUGCGGAGCCCCACAUACAGUGUGAGCACCAUUGAGCCUCGGGAUGAAUUGCUAUCCCCGGUGCAGGAUGCCGACCGUUUUUACAGGGGCAUUUUGGAGCCCGAUAAACGUUCUUCUACCACUCUGGGGGGCAGUAACCUUCCUGAGUACCCUAAGUUCCCCACCACCACCUACACUUAUACCCCUAAUUAUGACCUUAGGCAUCCCCCACACUCCUACUUGCAUCCCAGCCCGGGGGACAGCAGGAUCCGGGAGACAGUGCUCUAUACCCCCCCAAGUACUGUUUAUGUAGAACCAAACAGGAACGAAUACCUGGAGCUAAAAGCAAAACUAAAUGCAGAGCCGGACUACCUCGAAGUGUUGGAAAAACAGACCACAUUCAGUCAGUUCUGAGACCUCUCCUUCUCCCUAGAGCAUUUGUAUUUAACAACCACACACAAGAAAACACAAUGUUUAUCUUCUCCCCUUCAUUUCCCCUCUCCCCUUCCUCCACCUCCUUGCUUCAUUUUGUUGGAAGGUGAAGUGCCUUGGCACAGGAAUUUCCAGCUUUGGGAAAAGCUAUUGAAAGGGUGUGCUGAUUCCAUAGUUAUAGUUCUCUUUCUCUAUUUUUUUGGUGUGUUUUUUUUACAGCUGCUUAGAACCAAUUCGCUGGGGGAACAAGGUGCAGGAUAUGUUCUUUCAAUCCUUUCUGUGACAAUGUUGUGUUAAGAGAUGGAUCUUGUGUGACUGGAUGUCGAAGUAAUCAUAGAAAUCAUGUAUGCCUUUUUUGUUUAUGUCAGAUGCACACUGUUGACAAUUUGGGUUUUUCUUUAAUUGAGAAGUACAAAGCACCAGAUUCCUUCUAAUAGCCCUGGAUGGGUCUGAUUGGUGCUUCUUUCUUUCUUUCUUUCUUUCUUUCUUUCUUUCUUUCUUUCUUUCUUUCUUUCUUUCUUUCUUUCUUUCUUUCUUUCUUUCUUUCUUUCUUUCUUUCUUUCUUUCUUUCUUUCUUUCUUUCUUAAGGUUAGCACACCCUGACUUUAAUACAAGGUUGUUUUCUUCUUUCCUCCUUCCCUUUUUUAAGAGAAAAAAAAGGAUGUAUUUGUAUGUUUCUGGACUUUUGAAUUAAAAACAAUAUUACAAUCUUUAAAAAAGAUCACCAUAGAUGUGGUCGGAUCAAUAAAGAGUUCAGAGAUAUAUGAUCCAUAACUGGUUAGUAAAAAUAACUUAUUGAUAAAAUAUAUACAAAAAUAUUUUAUUGUAGCACCUAUUUUUAUAUAUGCGGUAGCAUUUCUUUCAUCAUUCGAGGGUCCAGUCGUCCCAAAUGCUUACUGUUUGCACAUAAUUUAACUUCCCUUUGAAAUAUAUGAUAGGUUCUCUUCACACAUUACAUUUUUUAGCUAAGAAACAAAAUGUAAAGUGUGAUGAUGAUAAAUAUUGGAAUGUCGGAAGGGUAAUCUUUACAGGGAGCUGAGCUUGGUUGCAGAUCCCUAUCGGUGCACGUUAUGGUAGCAAAACAGGAUUUGUUGCUGUGUAACACAUGCAAUGUUCCUACAGUUCUGAUGGUGUGGGAACACUGCAAACAUUUAGGCAUAGUUUGUCUUCUACUGGAAAAAACAUUGCGACCUUUAAGGCAUAUGUUAAACUUCAGUGUCAAGUUCUACCAACCACCUAUGCCUCUAUAUUUGCAGAAAGCAAUUUUGACAUCGUAUGGGAAUCUAUUUUAGAUGAGGUUUCAGGAUGAGGCCCUAAAUCUGUGAUCUUCUCAGAAGGAUUGUGGUAUCUUCUGAACUUGAUCUCCAAAACUGUAGUGGUCUCGGGAGGAAGCCAGAAAUUACUAUAAAAUUACUAUAAAUAAUCAUGACCAAAACCAAACAGACAAUCCAAGGUAAACAAUCGGGUCAGGCAAAAGAAAAAAGAAAUACAUGUACGAUAUAUUUUGUUGUUGCUGUUAUUCAUGAAUUAUUACUUUUAGGAACCUUCCUGUUAAGAUGACUAAUCGGGUAAAUUACAGAGGAACAGAUAGAAAUUGUUCACUUUAGCAGGGCUGAUGGUGGUGGUUUCUUUUCAUAAUCCAACCCAAAUUUCUUAAUUUGACUGCUGCUAUAGCGAAUUUUGGAUGGUUCAAGUCAAAUGCAAUUGCCUUUGUACAGCUGCAGAUGUGUACUGGCACCUGGAAAGGCCAGAUGAGAGACUGUACAAAUCUAUUUAUCAAGUAUUGAUUCUUAUCCCUUGGGGCAGCAGGCCGUGACAAUGAUAUCCGUAAACACAGCAUCACUGUACAAUGGGACAGGUUGUGGUCUCAUAUGUAUCCCAGCACAUGUAAUUUUUUAAUAGCUUAUGAAUAAACACUUGAUAACAAUUUCAAA